UGCACGUCGCCGUCAUCGGUCGGAGUGGUCGUACAGCUCACCACUACUAGUACUACUACUACUACUACUACUGCUACUGCUAAGUUUCCACCCAGCACCAGCCAUCAGAGGGAUCAGGCUGCUCUACUCCUGCGGCCUUCGGCCGGCCCAAAAAAAAAACAAAAAAGAUGUGGCCUACGAUGUGGCAAAGGUUGGUGGGGGUGGGUGUGGUGAUGCUGCUGACUCUACCCUCGCCCUCACCGGUCAUGGGCAAGGCAAUCGCGGACACCGGCGAAGAAUUAGACCGAGGCCAGGUCACGGAGAACAACGAGAUCGACGACGGACGCGAACCGGUCACUUCCUCAACGGAAAGCGAGACCACAACCGGCAGGACAACAACCACCUCGACCACCCCGACCACCACCACCGAGGGCCUGCCCACGUUCAACCGCAACCAGGUAUCCCUUGACCUACCGAGCGACCUGUUCACGUCCACCGCCAAUCUCACCCUGCGGUUGCGCAACGUCGUGUCCGAGCUCAUCACGCGCACGUCGGUGCGGAUUGCGCAGGUGGUGCGCUUCCUGCAGCCCGUCUUUGGCUACCAUCUGAUGAUCGACAUCCCGAAGGAGCUGGACGUUUGAGCCCGUGUGGCUGCGAUAAGUGCGGCCGGCACUGUACAAUGAGGUGGUUACGCUGCGUGUUACA